AGCCUUCCUGCGCCCGACCACCUGAUCCGCUCCGCCCGCCGCAGCCGCAGCCUUUGUGUGUGCGGUGCGGCGGUGCGGGAUGGCGGCGGGAGGAGGGCGGCCGCCGGGCCCGGAUUCCUCGCUGGAGCCCUACGUGCAGACCCGCAUCUUCAAGAUCAUCGUCAUCGGAGACUCCAACGUGGGCAAGACGUGCCUGACCUUCCGCUUCUGCGGGGGCACCUUCCCCGACAAGACCGAGGCCACCAUCGGCGUGGACUUCAGGGAGAAGACGGUGGAGAUCGAGGGGGAGCGCAUCAAGGUGCAGGUGUGGGACACGGCCGGGCAGGAGCGGUUCCGGAAGAGCAUGGUGGAGCACUACUACCGCAACGUGCACGCCGUCGUCUUCGUGUACGACGUCACCAAGAUGACGUCCUUCACCAACCUCAAGAUGUGGAUCGAGGAGUGCAACGGGCACGCCGUGUCCCCCCUCGUCCCCAAAGUGCUGGUAGGGAACAAGUGUGACUUGAAGGACCUGAUCCAAGUGCCGUCCAGCAUGGCCCUCAAAUUCGCCGACGCCCACAACAUGCUGUUGUUCGAAACCUCAGCCAAGGACCCUAAGGAGAGCCAGAACGUGGAGUCCAUCUUCAUGUGCCUGGCCUGCCGGCUGAAGGCGCAGAAAUCGCUGCUCUAUCGCGAUGUGGAGAAGCGGCCGGGCCGGGCGCAGAAGCUGGAGCAGUCGCGCGACGCCCACGGUAAAAGCGCGUGUCCGUGCUGAGCGCGCCCAAUAAAGUCUGUGCGGAGCCCGC